UGGAUGUGGGCGGAGAUGUGUUCCUCCUGACUGACCGCUGGGUGUCUCCCUCAAACACUCACAGCUUCAGCGUCUGUCGGGUCGGAACGGGCUCUCCAGAAUCAGCUGAACUCAGACUGGAACGCUCCACCAUCUGCAGCAACUCCAGAGCCUCCCGAACCUGCAGAACAUCCAGAACCUCCAGCAAAUGUUUGCGCUUUUACGCACUUUUUACGCGCUGCGGUUCGGCUUUCGAUGCUGGAGUUUGAGGAUUUACGCCGCUGAGGAAGCAGCAGAACCAGAAGAACCACCAAGACUACCAGGACCAUCAGGACCAUGGCUUCGGACCCGGACAGGAGCAGACCAGGUGUGAAGCAGCUGCUGGAGAAUGCUGGGAACGGAAGCUGUGCGGACUGCGGAGCUGCAGACCCGGAGUGGGCGUCCUACACGCUGGGUGUGUUCGUGUGCCACAGCUGCUCCGGCCUCCACAGAAACAUCGCUCACAUCAGCAAGGUUAAGUCUCUGCUGCUGGAUCCCUGGAGCUGCUCGGAGCUGGAGAUCCCAGAGUGUCUACAAAGGAACACAACAUUUAGUCACCUGGAGUUUAUGGACUCGGUGGGAAACGCCGCUGCUAAAGCCAGAUAUGAGCAGCUGGUUCCAGCCUUCUACUGCCGGCCGUCGCCCUCAGACUGCAUGCUGCUGAGGGAUCAGUGGAUCCGAGCCAAAUACGAGAGGAAGGAGUUCAUGUAUGUGGAGAGGCAGGAGCCCUACUCAGCAGGAUACAGAGAAGGGUUUCUAUGGAAACGAGGCCGAGAUAACGGACAGUACCUGAGCCGGAAAUUCAUCCUGUCGGAGCGUGAAGGUGUUCUGAAGUACUUCAACAAGAACGACGCCAGAGAACCCAAAGCCACCAUGAAGAUCAGCAGUUUGAACGCUACCUUCCAGCCCGGUAAGAUGGGAACGGCUCACGGUCUGCAGAUCACCUACCUGAAAGACAACAGCACCAGGAACAUCUUCGUCUACCACGAGGAUGGGAAGGAAAUGGUGGACUGGUUCAACGCCAUCCGAGCCGCCAGGUUCCACUUCCUGCAGGUGGCCUUUCCUGGAGCUCCGGAGUCCGAGUUGUUGCCGAAGCUGACCAGGAACUAUAUAAAGGAGGGUUACAUGGAGAAGACUGGCCCAAAGCAAACCGAAGGCUUCAGGAAGAGAUGGUUCACCAUGGACGACCGCAGGCUGCUGUACUUCAAAGACCCGCUGGACGCUUAUGCUCGAGGUGAGGUGUUCAUCGGCAGUCAGGAAAACAGAUACUCGGUUCUCGCCGGUCUGCCACCCAACACGCAGGGCUCCCAUUGGCCGUUUGGAAUCACUAUAGCGACCCCAGACAGGAAGUUCGUGUUUGCGUGUGAGACGGAGGAGGACCAGAGAGGCUGGAUGUCAGCGUUUCAGAUGGUUGUCAGCAGACCCAUGCUGCCUCAGGACUUCGCAGUCGAGGCGUAUUUUAAACACAAGCCCUGAUGGAGGACAUUCCAUAAUAGAUGGUGCAGGUAUGAGUGAAUCCUCCAGGAAUCAGAACCAUUCCUUCUGUUCUCCAGCAGCUUUCAUUGGAACCUGGACUGGAAAACGUUUUAUUCUCAGUGUAUUUAUUGUAGUGACCAGCAGCAGAGAGGAGAACAUCUGGAGGUUCAUCAGAAGAUCUCUGGUUCUAACCUGAAACACUGGAUAUGUCUGAGUAUUACAUGUGUUGCUAAUAAAAGGCUAAAGCUUCA